AUUUUGUUUAUACAAUAAAAAUCUCAAGACAAAAGAAGACAGGACAUUAUUUAUUGAACAAUAAAUAUGUGCCAAACAUUUGUAUUUCUGUUAUCUUUAAUACUCAGAACUACCAGAUAAGAUAAAUACUAUAUUUUUGAAGGUGAGGAUAGAAGCACGGAGAAGGGUAAAUUGGGCUAAGACCACACAGUAAGAAAGAAUGUAUUUCCAUACUCCAUUUUUACAAGGACAUUUAUAUGUUGAUAUGCAUCCAUAGGGUCUUUGUUUUGUUUUUGUCUUUCAACAAGAAUCACUAAUCCAGAGCCGCUUUUGUUUUUUUGCUGUAAAAAUGACAAUUACGUUUGGAAAUUUGGAGAAGUGACAAAAGAUAAAUCACCCCAUAAUCACACGCUUACAACCAUCCCCCCUACCAUAUUACUUUGAAAUAAUUCCUUCUAGUCUCUUUUUGCACUCUCCUAGUCUAUUUAAUAGGCCAAAUGAAUUGACAGGCCAAAGAACAGGCAGUGCAGUAAACAUAAUACUAGCUAGUUGAAAAGGGUCGCGCGGUGGGGGGCAGGGGGUCGGAAAUCCUACACCCAUGGCAAAAAAAAAAAAAAAUGAAGACAUACAAACCCGUAUUUGAAGAAUGAGGCCAUUCACUGGGGGUGAGGUUAGUGGAGUUGGGCAGAUUGAAAGGCUACAUCUUUAAAAUGACUGCAUCUGUAAUGUGUCCGUUGGAAAACGCAGUAAUAAAAGAUGUGGGGGAGGGUAUGCCUAAAUAUUUUCUAUUUGAAGACCAUUUGUGACUAUGACUAUAAAAUCCAAGUGCAAUUUAAGAAGGUGGUCAACUUUAACUAUUGACUAUUAAUACCUUUCCUGACCACCUGCCGAUUUGAUUCUGGCGACUGUAAUCUACUCACAGGAGAUUAUGCCUGGUAGAAAUAUCUUCGGGAGACCAGACAACUAAGAAGCAGGGGUACGGGCAUACUUUCUUAGCCGAAUAACACCUUUUGACUUUUUACACCAGUUCUCCCCUCUACCUUCCUGUAUUAACAGUUUUACCUCUACAGGGACUCGGGGUGGGAGGCCUAUCAGAACCCAGAGGAGAGUCGGUGCGAUGGGCAACUGGGGAACUCCGGCGCACUUCUUGCCCCAGGGGGGACAGUAUCGUCUAGCAGUCGUUGCCACCACGCUAGGCUGCUGCCCGGUAACGACGCUCUCCGCGCCACACCCAGCGCCAGACUCUUGGAUCCCCAGGAGGACCAGGGCCGAGCGACGCACACGCAGCACACGCGAACGCCAAACGCUUCCCAGAAAGCUGUGCGCGCCCCUACAACUCCCAUGAUGCUACGCCGGGAACUGCACGGCUCCUCGCAGGAAAUAGGCAGCUCACCCUGCUACCUGUGCACACAUUUUUCUUCAAUGUAUAGUUCCUCGGCGCGCCUCUGGCCUUUUCCCGGAGCUCUUCAAUCCCAGAAGCUACAACACAACGGCUGAAUCGCCAGGACCCCCCUGGGAGGCGUGGCUUCAGGACCGGAAGAAGCUCCUGUUGUCAAGGGAACGGUGCCUGCCAAGGCGCCUGCUCAGCGACUGAUGCACAGACUGCUGCAGAGGCUGCCGGUUUUCCCAACUUCUAGAGACGGCUUUGCUCAUUACCAGGCAUCCUUCCCAUAUAGGCAUAGAGAAGAAGGCUGAGGGACCCUCGCAUCAGACUUCCAUCCCGGAGACCGAUACGAGUGCGUCCAUUCCUGUUGCCAGCUCCUGCGCCCUCCGGACUAACCUCAAAAACCAGAAAAACUGCCUGCUCUUCUAAAUUCUGUGUCCCAAAAUAUUUCAGUAACAAGUAUCAAGUGAUAAUCCAUGGAAAAGUGCUGGAAAGUCACAAUACAAGCUGGUUUGUAAAUAUUUGAAUCACAUUAUGGGAUUGCUAGACAGACUUUCAGUCUUGCUUGGCCUGAAGAAGAAGGAGGUUCAUGUUUUGUGCCUUGGGCUAGAUAAUAGUGGCAAAACGACGAUCAUUAACAAACUUAAACCUUCAAAUGCUCAAUCUCAAAAUAUCCUUCCAACAAUAGGAUUCAGCAUAGAGAAAUUCAAAUCAUCCAGUUUGUCAUUUACAGUGUUUGACAUGUCAGGUCAAGGAAGAUACAGAAAUCUCUGGGAACACUAUUAUAAAGAAGGCCAAGCUAUUAUUUUUGUCAUUGAUAGUAGUGAUAGAUUAAGAAUGGUUGUGGCCAAAGAAGAACUCGAUACUCUUCUGAAUCAUCCAGAUAUUAAACACCGUCGAAUUCCAAUCUUAUUCUUUGCAAAUAAAAUGGAUCUUAGAGAUGCAGUGACAUCUGUAAAAGUGUCUCAGUUGCUGUGUUUAGAGAACAUCAAAGAUAAACCCUGGCAUAUUUGUGCUAGUGAUGCCAUAAAAGGAGAAGGCUUGCAAGAAGGUGUAGACUGGCUUCAAGAAAACAAUGACAGUAGGCAGGAUAUAGGAAGAGUCAUCUUUGGAGAAUCAGACCAGCCGAAGAGCAAAGAUCUAAAGAUCAGAUCCAGACUGUGAAGACAUGAAAAGGUAAUAGUUGGAAACCUCAGCAAUUUUCAAUUCAAGGAAUCUAUCUAAGGCAAACAGAAUACUUUACAUUUUGUAAAAGAUGUUUCUGCAUCAAAUAUAAUUUUCUGCUUGCAUUUAUGGACUCUGACCUUUUUAAGAACAUAGGACUUCAGGUAUGCUAAUUUGGCCAUUAAUUAUUUAAAAACUAAAUAUUCCCUCAAAAGGGCUCCCUAGAAUUAUCAACUUCUUAGUGAAAGUCUACAUUUGAUUGUAUGUAAAAUGUUUAAAAGUCAAUUAUAAGCCAUCUCAUCCCAUCAUAAUUUGUGUUUAAUGUAUUUUAUUUUUUAAUUGUCUUUUUAAAAAUUUAGUUUAUGACUUUGCAGUAUGAAUUGUGCUUGUGAAAAAGAACUUUAAAUAUUUAUAAGGGACCAUGGGUAAUUAAUAUAUAUUCAAUUUUUACUAUGUGUCACUGUCAAUAAAAUGUAAAAUAUAAUGUACCAACUAGUGUGCUUGUUUAUGCUGAAAAGAAUAAUGCUCUGUUAGUAUGGUAUUUGGUGUCAUACUGUCAAGCAUUUGUAAACCAUCUGAGACUAAGUUAAGCUGAAUUUAUUUAUUCAGUGUAUGUUGAACAUCUCUACACCAACUAGUCAGACAUAGUCCUAGGCAAAGAUGAUAUGAGGUAAAUAAGACAUAUCCUUAUCGUCAGAGAACUUAAAAUUUUAUGAGGGAUAAUUUGAGAACCUUUCCAUGGAUAGUAUCUAAUUUUAUUUCAUUGGCUGAAUGAAAAUAUUGCAUCUUCAGAUUAAGAGGUAUAAAGUAAAUUAAUGUUUGACUGUUCAGUAAUCAUUACUGACAUCUUGUUUUUCCCUUUUAAAUACCUCCAAUUUACCGUAGCACUUUGUUAAAAUAAAUUGUGACUUUUAACUUUUUCAUGAACAUAAACUGCUACAUAAAUGUUCCUUAGAAUUUUAGACAUAUCUCAGGCACACAAAUUAUUAUUUCUCACAAAUUAGAGAACACUUAUAAUUGUGAACUCUAAAUAGAAACCUUCAUUUCAAUCACUGAGCAACAGUAUAUAGAGCAAUAUUGUUGAUCCUGAUAAACAUUACAUAUAAAGAAAAACUGUAAUAUACAAUAUAUGCCAUCUCAAAUAUGCUUAGCUUUGAAAAUGAUAAAAAUAGAAGGCAAAAGUAAGUGAGUAAUAAAGAUGUUAUAGUAACUGCAGUAGUGGUAUAUGUUUCACAGAGAUUUUAAUAAAAGCAUAUAAAGCCACAAUAAAAGUUCUAUAUUCCAGUUUCUCAUAGUCCAGAAAUAGCAGUGAUUUGGCAUUUGGCAAAUUGAAAGUUACGCAGAAAAUUCCAGUGGCUCAGCAUCUUAGCUAGUUUACCAUCUCUCUUGUAAAUUGUUUUAGAGGAUACAAAAUGAAAAUCUCAUUAAUCUAAAGUUGCUGCACAUAUAGGAAGGACAUAAUGAUGGAAACAAUGAAUGUAAUUUUUUAAAAAACUGAUAUGCUACAACUAUUUUAGGAUGGAGAACUGAUUGAGAAUUCAAAUCCUCACUUAUCAUAAGGUAGUAAUAAAAUUAAUGGUAGUUACCACUAUAUGAUCAUUAUAUUAUAAGCAGGUAUUACACAUACAGAAUUUUCAUCAUUUAAUUCUCCCAAUAAGCCUAUGUGGCAGGUUUUGUUGUUUCCAUUUUAUAGAUCAGUAAACUGAGGCCUUAAAAUGUUAUGUAAUUUGCCAAAGUUCAAAGAGCUCGUAAGUCUGGUACUAGGAUUCAGUACCAAGCAGUCUGUUUUAAGACAGAUAAUUCAAGAGUAUGAUAGAUAUUAGAAAUACAGAUAUAUCUGCCAGAAUAACAAUUAAAAUGAUAGAAAAGGCUCUUACUUGGGACAGCAACCAGGACAGGGAUGGUAGAGGGAAGGUCAGAGACUAGAGACUACUCUUUGCUUUUUUUGUUUUCUUUUUUUUCUUUUAAAGCUAUUAACACUACUCAAAUUUUAAACUCUGGAUAUAAAUGACUUCGAUAAAAGUCCUUAAAACUAUUCUGACAUUAAAUUAUUUGGUAUUCCACAAACUACAGUAGCUCAUACCUAUGCAAAUAUUUAGAAGAAGGAGAAGUACCCUUUUUGUUUGUUUUCAUGAUCUCCAAAAUCUAGCUUUUAGUCUAUAAACAUCCAUCCCUACUCCACAUUUUCAUGUAAAGAUUAUGUAGAAGUAAGUUGGGCAACAGUGUAGUCACAGGAUGCCAUAUAAGUGUGAAUAAGCUGAGAUUAUUGCAUUUGUAUUUAGCAUAUUAUACAAUUAAAAUGUAUUUUAUUAAAGCUGAAGCAAGUUUUCUUUCAUGUCUAGACAUCAGUGUGUUACAGAGUUUAAUUCAUUAAGCUCUGUAUUUGAAUAUAACACCUUGUAAAAUGUUUGAAACUUAUUCUCUUGUAUGUUAAAUAUUUAAAUAUUUGUAUAUGGCCCUAUUCAGCCUGUGCUUUAUAAAUCACAGAAGAGCUGGGUUUCAUAUGUUUGUUUUUUAUUUCUAAGCUCUCUGCGAAAAAGUUAAAAAUUGUCUCCUUGUUGUUUAAGAUAUUUUUUCUUUGUAAUUUUUUUAUAUCAUGUUGUGAUUUUCAUAAAUAUGUGCAGUUACUCUUGAUAAUACUUGUCUUAGUCAUUUCAGGUUGCUAUAACAAAGUACCAUAGACUGAGUGGCUAUAAACGACAGAAAUUUAUUUCUUAAAGCUCUGGAGCUGGAAGUCUGAGAUCAGAUUGCCAGCAUGAUUGGGUUCUGGUGAGAGCCGUCUUGGUUGCAGACUGCCGUCUUCUUGUAUCCUCACAUGGCAAAAAGAGGGCAAGAGAACUCUCUAGAGUCUGUUUAAUAGGAGCAUGAAUCCCAUUACAUCUUCACAUGGCUCCUCCCAAAGACCCCACCUCCUAAUAUCAUCAUAUAUCACAUAGGGGGUUAGAAUUUCAACAUAGAAAUUUUGGGAGAACACAAACAUUCAGUCAGUUGCAAUACUUAAGGCAAAUUCAUCUUGCUUAUAACUCUGGUGCAUGUGCAUUAAAAUACUGUUGCAUUGUAA